ACUCCCCCUUGUGCAUUCGACAACUUUCCUCAGCGAAUUCUCUUUCCAUCAACCAAUGGCUCCCGUCGCUGUUGCACCUGUUGCCGUUGAGGCUACUCUCUGUGACUUGAAAGCCUCUGUGGCUUGCACCUCUACUCAGACUUUGCUCGACGUCCUUACCCACGCCGCAUCCCAAUAUCCUGAGCACGAAUUAGGUUUCGUCACAUCCUCCGCACACGAUUCCUCCAUUCAAACCAAAACAUUCUCCGAAUUCGCGCAAUAUGUUCGUUCUUUGGCUCAGGUUAUCCGCUCCUGGGGGAAACCUACCGGCUCAAUCGUCGUCGUCUAUCUGACUGAGCACGAAGAAAAUAUGGCGGCCGUCUGGGCUUGCUUGCUUGCAGGUCUUGUCCCGUGCCUUCAGCCUGCCCUCAGUGCGCAACAAUCUCACAAGGAGGGACACGUUGCACACAUCAAGGGUCUCUUCGGUUCGGCUACCUGGCUGACCAACGAGACGGGUGCCGAGCAACUGCUUUCUAUCCCUGACCUCGAUAUCCACUUGUUCUCCCAGUUGAAGGAGUCUGCUUCUGCUUCGGACCCCGCGGAGUUCAAAGCACACGAACCCAAGAUUGAUGACGAGGCUAUCCUCUUCUUGACUUCAGGCUCCACCGGUUUCUCGAAAGCUGUCGUCCACACUCACCGCACCAUCCUGGCUGCUUGCCAUGCCAAGGGCAAGAACUAUCGUUUGACUUCGGAGAGCAAGAUUCUAAACUGGGUUGGAUUCGAUCACGUUGCGGGUUCGAUCGAAAUGCACUUGGCGCCUCUGUUGUAUGGCGCUUCCCAAGUUCAUGUGCAUCCGUCUGCUAUCCUCUCCGACCCUCUUCGCUACCUCCGCCUGAUAGAAGAAAAGUCCAUCGAAAUUGCAUUCGCUCCCAACUUCCUUCUCGCCAAGCUCACACGUGACCUGGAGAAGCGCAAUGAAUUAUUUGGCACCUUCAACUUGUCGUCGCUAAGGCGCAUUAACAGCGGUGGUGAAGCUAUUGUCAGCAAGACUGCACAGGCUUUCGCCGCUACCCUCAAGAACCUCGCAAAGGACUCCAACGUGUCCUGCGUUAUCUCGGCCGGUUUUGGUAUGACCGAGACCUGUGCCGGUUGUAUCUACGAUCCUAUUGACGUCUUGGCAAACCCUCCUGCUCACGAGUUCCUGGAACUCGGUACCCCUAUUCCAGGUUGCGAGAUGCGUAUCGUUAACCCUGAAGACGGUGUUACCCUUCGCCCCGAUGGUGAAACUGGUGAACUCCAAGUCCGUGGCCCCAUGGUUUUCGUCCGCUAUUACAACAACACGGAGGCAACCUCCUCCAGCUUUGUUGAAGGUGGCUGGUACCGCACAGGCGAUGUUGGCAUCAUCGAGAACGGUAAGAUGCGUCUUAGUGGUCGUAUCAAGGACACUGUCAUCGUCCACGGUGUUUCAUACGGUAUCCCUGAACUUGAGACCCACCUCCAGACAGUUGAGGGUGUUACACACUCUUUCCUCGCUGCUGCGCCAUACCGUGCUCCUGGUCAGGAAACAGAAGGCUUCGUUGUUUUCUACUCCCCCACAUUUAGCCUGGAUGAGGAGGAUGCCCCCGCUAAACUUUACGCAACACACCGUGCUCUUCGUGACGUCUCCGUUAAGAUGAUUACGCUGCCCCCACAACAAAUUAUCCCGAUCCCCGUCAACCAGAUGGAGAAGACCACCCUUGGCAAGCUCUCGAAAGCACGCCUUAUUAAGCAGUUCAAAGAGGGCCAGCUCGUUCAACAUGUUGCCCGUGCAGAAGAGUUGCUUAGCAUCGCUCGCGGCGCUAGCUUUGUUGCCCCUUCCACUGAAACAGAGAAGACUUUGGCUCGUAUCUACGCCGAUAUUUUCAACAACAACGUCAGUGACGUCUCUGCCAGUGACAACUUCUUCGAGUUGGGCGGUACCUCGAUUGAUGUCAUCAGGCUCAAGCGUGAAGGAGAGGCUGCUUUUGGCCUUCCCGAAAUCCCAACUAUUCAGAUCCUCAAGCACCCCGUUCUCUCUAGUCUGGCCAGCUACGUCGAUGCUCUGUCCUCCAAGGGAGGUUACCAAGAAGAGUACGACCCGAUCGUACCCCUUCAGCUUACCGGCGACAGGACCCCCAUCUUCAUGGUCCACCCUGGUGUCGGUGAGGUUCUUAUCUUUGUCAACCUUGCGAAGUACUUCCAAAACGAGCGGCCGUUCUACGCUCUGCGUGCGCGUGGUUUCGAGCCCGGCCACCCAUUCUUCGGGUCCAUGGAUGAAAUGGUCUCUUCCUAUGCUGCAGCCGUCAAGCGCACCCAGCCCAAAGGUCCGUAUGCUAUCGCUGGAUACUCAUAUGGUGGUGUUGUCGCCUUCGAAGUCGCGAAACGCUUGGAAGCGAUGGGCGAUGAAGUGAAAUUCACCGGUCUGAUCAACAUUCCUCCCCACAUCGCUGACCGCAUGCACGAAAUCGACUGGACGAGCGGUAUGCUCAACCUGUCCUACUUCCUUGGCCUCAUUACCAAGCAAGAUGCCAUUGACUUGACCAACCCGUUGAGACGGCUGUCUCGCAUGGAUCAGCUUGAUUUGAUCUGGAAGUUGUCACCGCCGGAACGUCUCGUUGAAUUGCAACUGACUCCGCAGAAACUUGACCACUGGGUCGAUAUCGCCGGUUCCUUGAUUGAGUGUGGCAAGGAAUACAACCCUUCGGGAUCAACCGAAUCGCUUGACGUCUUCUAUGCCAUUCCUCUCCGCGGAAGCAAAGCUGACUGGCUCAACAACCAGCUCAAGCCAUGGGCAGGGUUCAGCCGUAGCGAGCCGACGUACACGGACGUCCCUGGACAACACUAUACGCUCAUGGAUUUCGACCAUGUGCCAGGGUUCCAGAAGAUCUUCCGCUCACGCCUCGAGGCUCGUGGGAUCUAAAUGGUGUUAUGUUUCCCGAGGGAAUGGAGACUGUUGUACGAAGGGAUUCAUGGGGCUACUAUAUGAUAUAUGAUAUACUAUCAUCUCUGGAUUUCUUUUUCCUCAUGUUGUUCAUUGCAUUAGACUAUCUGUUUUGUAUGCAAAUUAUACCACCAUCGUUAGACUAGAGAUAUAUGCCAGUAUAUGUGCUUCCACCUUUA